AUGCCGGGCCAGCAACGGCCUGCCUCCGGGCCGGCGACGAGAAGAACCGCGAUCCGCCAGCCUUCGCGGCGUGUGGCCUCUGCGACAAUAGAACGCUCAGAGUCACCUGCUGAGCCCUUGAAGCCGGCGAACGCCAACCUGAUGCGCGUACAGAGAUCCCCGAGCACCCAGUCUGUUGCCGGUUCCAAGCGGAAAGAUAGAGAGUAUGAUCUCCCGACGAGUGAGGACACGAAUAUCCAUGUAGUUGUGCGCUGUCGAGGGCGCAAUGAGCGCGAGAUCAAGGAAAAUAGCGGCGUCGUUGUCGCGACAGAGGGUGUCAAAGGGAAGACCGUGGAACUGUCCAUGGGUCCCAAUGCCGUGAGCAACAAGACUUACCAUUUCGAUAAAGUCUUCUCGCCCGCGGCGGACCAAGCGAUUAUCUUUGAGGAUGUUGUCGCGCCCAUGCUGAACGAGAUGCUUUCUGGGUACAACUGUACCAUCUUUGCGUACGGCCAGACCGGAACGGGAAAGACAUAUACUAUGUCUGGAGACAUGAAUGAUACAUUGGGACUUCUCUCUGACAACGCAGGCAUAAUUCCCCGUGUGCUGUAUGCACUGUUCCGCAAGCUGGAAGAGACAGAACACACCGUGAAAUGUUCCUUUAUAGAACUGUAUAACGAGGAAUUGCGCGACCUCCUCUCACCUGAAGAGAAUUCGAAAUUGAAAAUAUAUGAAAACGAGCCCAAGAAAGGUAGCAGCAAUGGUAGCACCCUCGUGCAGGGCAUGGAGGAAACCUACAUCGAUUCUGCGUCUGCCGGAAUUAAGCUGCUGCAGACCGGAAGCCAUCGACGCCAGGUUGCUGCAACCAAGUGCAACGACUUGAGUUCCCGAAGCCACACCAUCUUUACCAUCACAACAUACGUGAAGCGAACCACGGAGGCAGGCGAGGAGUACAUCAGUUCCGGCAAACUGAACCUGGUCGACCUUGCAGGCAGUGAGAACAUUCAGCGAAGCGGAGCAGAUAAUAAACGUGCUGCUGAAGCAGGCCUCAUCAAUAAGAGUUUGCUGACAUUGGGGCGUGUGAUUAACGCCCUGGUGGACAAGAGCUCUCAUAUUCCGUACAGGGAGUCGAAACUCACGCGAUUGCUCCAAGAUUCUUUGGGAGGACAGACAAAGACCUGCAUUAUCGCUACGAUAUCACCGGCCCGAAGCAAUCUAGAAGAGACCAUCUCAACAUUGGACUAUGCGUUCAGGGCCAAGAACAUCCGCAACAAGCCGCAGAUAAACUCCACUAUGUCAAAGAAGACUCUCCUUCGUGAAUUUACUGCUGAAAUCGAAAAACUGAAGAGCGAGCUGAUCGCGACAAGGCAUCGAAAUGGUGUCUACCUCACGACUGAGGCAUAUGAAGAGCUGACAGUCGAAAGCGAGUCGCGUAGAAUUGUCACCGAAGAGCAGAGAGCGAAAAUUGAAACUAUGGAAGCCAGUCUUCGGAACAAAGUGCAGGAGCUUUUCACUCUGACGAGCAACUUCAACAACUUGAAGAAAGACAACGAGGAGACUCGUGCCAAAUUGGAGGAAACAAACGAUCUACUAGAGAAGACCGAGAUUGUCCUGCGGGAUACGAAACGUCAGCUCGAACAAGAGGAGAUGUUGCGUAAAGCCCACCAGGACACGGAAGAACAACUCUAUGGCAUCGGGACGGAACUGCUGUCAAAAUUGGACCAAACUGUGGAACAUGUAAACGGCUUGCACUCAAAAUUGCGUCGCAAGUCUGAUCUCCAUAAGUUGAAUCGUGAAACUUGGGAAGCCUCGACGGCAGACGUCAUCGAUGUGACCAAGCUUGUUGACGCCCGGAUGGAGGCUUUUCAGUCCCAGCACUCGAGUCUAGUUGCAGACUUGUCUAAGAAGAUCAGUCAAUUUGUUGCAUCGGAACUCGAUCAUGUGCAGUCCAACCAGUCGGAGCUAAACGAAUAUACGUCGCGGUUGGAUGAAGCGGAAACCAGAGCGAGCGAGCAAACCUCCAAGGCUCACGAUGAGAUGAAUGAGGUUCUUGAAGAAAUUAAGGUCCUGCGGGAGGAGGUCAAAGGGAAAGUAGGAGAGGGGCUGAACGGUUUGUCAGCAGCAGCAGAGCGGAUAUCCGAGGAGGUUAUUAGUGAAUUGACCGAGUUCCAUACAGAGCUCCGUUCUUCCUACACAUCUCUUAGGCAAGACUUCAAAGCCAUCUUUGAGAGAAUAAUGGAGCAUCUCGAGGCACAAAAAGCCGAAGUAAACGAGCUGCGAUCACAGCUCCAGGAAGCAAAUCGCCGGGCGAUGGAAGCCAACGAAGUAGCUUCGACCAGACUGCAGCAAGCUCUGGAGGAGGAGCGCGAAAAUGCUGAGGCUGACCGUGCGGAUCUUCUGUCCCAGAUUAAGCUAUUGAUAGAAGAUUCCGGACAGAAACAGGCCGCUCGUCUAAAGAGCCGAGUCGACGGCAUCACAUCAGACAUGGCGUCUUCCGGGGAGAUGUUAGAGCAAGCCAGCAACGUGUACCACGAGCGGAUGAAGGAGUGGACCCGUAGAGAGGAUCAACUUAUUGAGGAGGUAGCCAGCUCACGGGACACUAUCGAGAAUAGGAUGGAGAAAGAUUGGAAUAUUUUUGACGAGCGCAACGCAUCGAUCCAAAGGGCUACAGAGUCUGUCCACCAGGAGACUGUCCGGAUUGUGGAUGCUCAGAUGCAAGGCAUGGCUUCGCAGAUGGAAGCACUUGACGACUUCGUCACGAAAGCACGAUCUCAAAAUGGCCUCCAUCACGAGAGACAUCUGGACAAUCUAAAAGAACUCACCACAAGUGUGCGUGGGUCAUACGCGGCUCUGCAAGAUAGAUUUACCGGUCUCGGCAACCGUGUUCGUACCUUCCAGGAUGAUGUUCUCCCGCAAAAGGACGUCCUUGAGGAAUCUGUGGCACCAUUCUCUGAAGAUGUCCGGAACGCUCUCACGGAGCUUCGAACCAAUAUCGAGAAUGCACCGCUCAAGGAGUACAAGCCAACCGGUACGACUCCUCCAAGGACCAGCUAUGAGUAUCCUACCGUGCUGCCGCGAACGGAAUCACAUGAAACUUUGAUUGCGAAACUGAGACAGGCAAAGACGCCUGCUCUGUCGCCGCUGGAUGGAGAGGAGCCGGGGCCGCUGUUGGGAUCACCGUCGAAAACUCGGGUAUACAAUGACGCUGAGGAUGAGGUAGGGAAUCUCCAACCUACCACCACCGCAGUCACAUCAUCCAACACGGGACUUAGGGAGGUCGAUAUAAACGUCGUCGCGAGACCGCUCAACUCUAGCGCCAACUCCAGCUCUCCGGACUUGCCGGCCGGAUCGAAAUCCAGCCCUGAAAAAGCUAUCUCCCCCAUAGAAAAGGAUAACGAUAUGGAACCGCCACCUCUGAAGAAACAGCACCUUUCCACCCCGGCAACCACAGAGAGCAAGCUUCCCCAGAUCAUCACACGUCGGAUGGCUGCUGGGAUGCUGUCGGAUGGGCGGGAAAAUGCCAUGCCACUGAGUCUGCCAAGUGGUGGGGGACCUAACCAUGGACGGCGGCUAAGAAAUCGGCCCUCGUCCGGGUAG